AGGAAUGCUCAACCAAUGCGGCCGGCCGGCCGGCCCGCCGGCAAGCUGCCCAUCUUCACGUCAAGCCGCCAAAGGAAGAAAACAAAGGCCGACUCAAUCCAGGAGAAAAGCAUACAGGUCUUGAAUGCAGUCUGGAUUGUGGACGUCAACAAGACGCUUGGCAACAUGAGCGGCAUCACAGGUUGGGCGGAGGAAGGGCAAAUUACUCAGGAAGAAAACAGACCUUUGCCUUCAUGGUCAGAGGAGCACUGCGAGGAGCUGUGGGAUCGUGUGGAAGGAGUGCGACACAAGCUGACCCGCAUCCUCAACCCGGCCAAACUCACUCCAUAUCUGCGCCAGUGUAAAGUUAUUGAUGAACAGGAUGAAGAUGAGGUGCUCAACUCCAUUCAGUACCCUCUGCGUAUCUCCAAGGCCGGUCGUUUGCUGGACAUUCUACGUGGCCAAGGUCCGCGAGGUCUUCAGGCCUUUAUGGAGUCACUGGAGUUUUACCAUCCAGAGCAAUACACACAGCUGACUGGAGAGCAGCCAACACAGCGCUGCUCUCUUAUUUUGGAUGAGGAAGGUCCGGAGGGUUUGACUCAGUUCCUUCUGCUGGAAGUUCGGAAACUGAGAGUGCAGCUUCGAAACAGUCGCAUGUGCGAACGCCGCUUAUCCCAACGUUGUCGGGUAGCCGAAGAUGACCGUAGCCGUGCUGAACGUAAAACUCAGGAGUUACGCCACGACAGACUCCAGCUCGAGAGGUUACGUCAAGACUGGGAGUCGGCCAGUCGAGAACUGGGCAAGCUAAAGGACAGACACCUGGAACAGUCUGUGAAGUACUCCAGGGCCCUAGAAGAGCAAGGCAAAGCCUCCAUACGAGAGAAAGAACUGCUCGAGCAAGUUGAAGAGUUAAAGUCCAGGUUAACGGAAACAGAGCAUCAAAUCGCAAGUCCAGAAGGAAAUCCAAUUCAACCAAAGGAGAGCUUGUUGUCUAAAGGAGGACCUGGUUGCCCACCAGCGUUACCAGAAAAGCCGUCCUACCGUAUUGACGUUCCGAAACCACAAAACACAGGAAGUCAGAUGAAGGAUCCGCUUUCUGAUACUGGAGUCAUCGCUUUGGUGGAUAUCCUGCGGCAGGAUCGCAGGGAGGCUGCGGAGAAGAGACAGGAGCUCUGCAACUUCAUCACGAGACUACAGGGGGAGAUACAAAGCACCGAGGAGCACAGGGACAAGCUGCAAUCGCAGUGUGAGCAACUACAGCUGAAGGUGAGGACUCUCCAGCUGGACUGGGAGACGGAGCAGAAGCGGAGUAUGUCUUACUUUAACCAGAUCAUGGAACUUGAAAAGGAGAGGGACCAGGCCUUGCGGAGUCGCGACAGCCUACAGUUAGAGUACACCGACUGCCUAUUGGACAAGAAUCGUUUGCGAAAACGCAUCGCAGAGCUGCAAGCCAACAUGGAGCAGCAGCAGCGGGAGUUGGAGCGAGAGAGCGAAAAGAGAAGGGAACAAACGGAGCAGAGCGGCUCCUGUCUGCACUGUUCCCAUCUGUCUCUGUGCAGCGAAGACCAGUGCUACGGACCCUGUUGCUCCGUCGACCUGGACCUCAGCCUUCCUGUUAAUGGCACCCAUCUUCAGUUACGAAAGGCGCCCUCCAGAGGGCAAGCCAAUGACAAUUCAGAGGAUUCUCAUUCCAACUCUGAAGAGAAUCCACUGUCACCGACAGAAGAUGAGAAGGAGAUAAAUCGCCUUUCAACAUUCCCAUUUCCUCCUUGUAAGAACUCCAUCAACCGAAGAUUCAAUACAGAGUUCGACUUGGAUUCCUGGGGCAGUGAUGAGAAUGACAAUAUUGCAGGUGAAAAUGAUGAACCCUCUCUUUGGGAUUCGUGGAACUCCCUCCAUUCUCAUUUCUUCCCACCCGAUCUGGUCAAUCUACCUGCUGUUAACGCACAUCGACACGAUCCCAGCAGUCCAAGGAUACCACCCAUCUCUCCAUCUUCAAGCCCUCCUAUGACGCCAAAGCACGGGAAAGCCAGUCUGGCUGAAGACAUUACCAUAAUUGGUGGAAACCAAACAGGAAUCUUUGUCAGCCAUGUUCCAGUUGGUUCAGUAGCGGAACAAUGUGGGCUGAAGGAGGGAAGUGAGCUCCUGGAGCUUGAGAAUGUUCUUUUCGGUGGAGGAAAUGUUCAGCUCAGCCAGUGCACAGCCGAAGUAGCGCACUUUUCUCUGCAAUGGUGGACUGAACCGACCUCACUCAAACACCAGAGCAACCCAGAGGCGUAUGCCAAGCUGUGCUCUCAGAUUUCUUUGCCAACUUUCAAGGGCGCCGACUCGUUUUAUGUGCGGGUCAAUCUCGAUAUCGGGCCUCUCGGAGACCCAUCGUCCCUAAGUGUGUCCUGUGAUGACAUCAUGCAUGUGACAGACACAAGGUGCAAUGGCAAAUAUCAUUGGCGCUGUUCCCUGGUGGAUCCUCGCACAGCCAACACUCUGCAGGCAGGAAACAUGCCCAACUAUAAUAGGGCACAACAGCUGUUACUUGUCAAGUUACGCAAAAUGUCCGUGGGGCAAAAAGACUUCAAAAAGAAGUUCAUGAAGAAAUCCUUUGGUCGAGUUCGUCUGGUAAAGGCAGCGGACCCUAAAUUCCGCGGGAUAGGAGCAACACAGCAGGUUCUUUACACACUGAACAAACGCCAUGAGGAGCAUUUGAUCCCUUACAGCCUUGUGCAGCCGGUAAAGGUUGAAUCCAAGCGGCCCGUCAUCUUCUCACCAUCCAUCCUGUCCCGUGGCCUCAUAGAGAGAAUGCUGCAGCCUGUUGAAUCUGGAUUACAAUACGACACCUGUGCACCAGAGAUGAUCCUGGACUCUGAAAGAAGAGACAAGAAAAUAUUUUUGCUGGAUUCCCAGGCUCCAGAGCCAGCUUUGGGCGUACGGCUAAAGUCCAUACAGGAGGUCAUCACCCAGGACAAACACUGUUUGUUGGAGCUCGGGCUGUCAUGUGUUGAGGGUUUGCUGAGACAAGGCAUAUAUCCGAUUGUCAUCCACAUCUUGCCAAAGAGCAAAAAACACAAGAAGCUCAGAAAGUUUUUUCCACGGUGUGGGGACGACAGUGCGAUGGAGGAGAUGUGCCAGGCGGAACUGUUGCAGUUGGAGACUCUGCCCCUGCUCUACUGCACAUUGGAGCCCAGCACAUGGAGCUGCACAGAAGAGCUGCUCUCAGCUAUACGCAAUGCCAUCAUCAGUCAGCAGAUGUCAGUAGCUUGGGUUGAGCUCGAUAGGCUACAGUAAUGUAGACCAGUGUUUCCCAACUUUUAAGGAGCAAAGGAGGCCCAUAAUUCAAUUUAGAAAAAAACAUCUCUGCAAAUCACCUAACAGAAAUGAAAACAAAAACAUUUUCGGAGCCUGCUGUUAGAGACUUGCAGAAUGUUUUUACGCAGGAUGUGUCAACUUGAGCAGGGAUGGAUUAUGUCAACAUAGCGGUACUUGCUCUCAUAGUACCAUGUUUUAUUUACUUUACAUCUACUAACAAAAGGUACAUAGUUGCUACUUAGGACACAAAUAGAGUUUGUGUUUUAUUUGUAUUGGACUCUGGAUGGCAACCCUUGACAGGAGAAGCCAAAAAAGUCACACACAUAAUUGAUCUAAUUGUUUGUGCGAUGCUCAAUUGCAAUAUUUUCUCAAAAUAUUCAGUUUUUUUCAGAUCUUUUUAGAGGUUCAGCAGUGCUGCCUUUUUAUGUAUCUGUGCACAUCAAAUCUCUGUUCACCCCAAAAAGGUACUUAAGAAUUGAAAAACCUUCAUUCUAAUUAGGUACAGAAACAUAAAACUGGUUAUUUAUUGACUAACAUGCAAUUUUCGUCCAGAAGCAAGUUAUCAGUCGGACUGUACUGAAAUAAAAACAACAGACGUAGUGUCUUA